CCACACUUCUCUUAUUUGUACGCCCACCGCACGCACCGCCAUUCACAUCAGCACUUAUGCUAUCACUUCACUUUUGCCAUGCAUACAUACGCCCAUUUCAUUCAAUCAGCCAACUUUCGAUGGAACAUCAACUUGUAUUGAGAAAUAGGGUCGGCACGAUACUGUGAUAAACAACGUCAUCCGAUCAACUCAUUUCAUUUCGAAGAAUUCUAAAUUCCAGAACGUUGAUAUUAAAACAAAACAAAAUGAGUCAUCAAACUCCGAACUUCACACUACACUUUUAGUGCGCAUAAAAAAAAUGCUUAGUCAUUUGCAUAUGACUGAAAUAGGAACUUAGGUGAAAAUAAUUUGCGAAAUAGCGAUAAAAUAUCUAUAAAUGAGCGUAUUUGUCCUAAUGAGGUCAUUACUUAGAUUACGACUUAUCCGGAAUUUAGAAUACUCGUAUGAAUGCAAGAUAAAGUUUAGGGGAUAUAUCAGUUGCUGUACACCUUCGCGACACCUUUUUCACACACGGUCGGUUAGCCCCAUGGUAAGUUAUUAAUUAACUUGUGUUAUGGGUGCUAACACAACUGAUAAACUACAUAUAGCUACAUAUAUACAUAUUGUAACACCCAGACCACGGCCAACAAGCAUGCUCAUCACACAAAUGUCGACCGAACCGGGGAUCGAACCCCCCAUAAUAAUGGUUAAUGGUGGAUAAUAAUGGUUGCUAAAAUUCCUAGUCAAGCGUAUGUAGCUUAGAGUCUGCUGACUGCUUCAAGACAUUAUAUUUUUUUCGUACUGAAGCUAAUGAAACAUUUAUGCAUAUAAGUAAAACAGUUUUGCUAUGUAAUGCUUGAAGUGCGCAGACAAUUGGCUGUAGAUAACAUUUAUCACAUCACGAAUCCUUUAUGACGAAAACAUUAAUUUUAUACUAUAAUUUAAAUGGUGGCGUUGGAUUUUGGUUCCAAUGACAUCGCAGGUAAGAUGACUACAUUACAUGUAAUGUAUGUUCUUAUUAUUGCUUUAGCUUAAUCUGUCGGAAUAUUACUUGAGAAUUCAAGAUUAUUUGUUUAUGAUAGAGGUACACUUAAACGUCACAGAGUUUGGUGAUAAGUGUUUUUUUGUGAUAUGAGUAGAAAAAUAAUGUAAGUCAAAACUUCCGUUGAUAUGAUAAUGGUACUCAUUGAGCAGGCAGGAAUCGUUUAAGUUGCACAACAGUUAGAUUAUUUUAAAAAGAGUCACACAUGAAAGAUCCUAGGGGCAAGUUAGCAAUUUACCACAAUAUAGAUACGGUUUUCAAAUCUAGAAAUAAAAGAGUUGAUCGAAGUUCUGGUGAUUAUAUUGUAUGUAUAAGUACACCAUAAUGUCAUAUUCAUUACGUUAUCGAGGCUGGCGUGAGAGCAUUUAUCACACGAGUGUCACUGCAAUAACACGUGUAGGUCUCAUGGCGUGGCGACUUCGCUCGAUUACUUAUUGAAAAUAGCCGUUUCCACUAGUUCCAUACUGUAAAAUAAAUAAUAUAGGGGGGUAUAUAAAAUAAAUGACAUGGUCGGUCCCGAGGUUUGGUGCACAAAAAGGUGAACAAAACUUUUUAUUCAUCAAGCACUGGCUGUCUUUCCAUUUAUGUUUUUAAAACAAAAACAAUUGCGUCAAGUUGACAUUGCGUUUACAGCAAGGAAAACCAAAAAAUAUUGCUUUGAUUUACUUUUACACGGAAAUUCAUUUAUAUUUAUUAUUUUAAUCAAAACAGUUGUUUGUUGUUCCAUAGCUUUAAAAUGUAACAUUUUUCGAUUUGUUUAGACCCCCAAGUCAUUGACUUGAGAUGAGGGGCACCUUUACAUCGUAACUGGUAAAGUGUUUACUGCUCCGAACGAUUAAAAUACGAAGAGAUAGUUGAAUAUUAUUAUAUUUAUAACUUAGUAACUUGGCAAUUCAAAAACAGUAACAGUUAAAUUCGCUACCGUUAAUUUGGUGUCCGUCAACGAUGUUGAUUUGCAGUCAAAAUGCCCAACUUGCAGUCUACAAAAAAUCUGAAUAAUGGAAAAUGACCCUAGCAAAAAAGAGUCGAAGGGGAAGAGGAUAUUCAAAAAAGCAAUUCGUCGCAAUAGCAAAUCUAACAAUAGCAGUCAGAACUCUGCCUUAGAGCAAGGCAUCGGCGUGACACGAUCAAAGAGCUUCGAAAAUAAAAGACUUUCCAUCGAGAUAAACGACAGUGCGCCGCUACCCACACCCGAUGGCACCAAGGAAAAGGUGGAUGCUGGUCAGAAAAUCAAGCUAGAAGAUAAAUCACAAAACCAGGAAUGUUCCUUGACAAUCCAGGAUCAGCUAACAGACUCGGGCAAAAACAGAAAGGUCGUGGGCAUACAGGACACCAAAGAGACGCCCUCUGGAUCCAAGAGCGCCAAAUUCAUUUCUCCUAAGCUUGAGAUAAAAGAACCGCGCCCUUCAGAAGCAGAAGGAGGCAAAAAGAACCUUAAAAGGGUUGGUUUUCCUGAUGCAUCUCAAAAUGUUGUCAGUUUAAUUCCAAUAGUUAACUCAUUGUGGUCCAAGUUCGUCAUUUGAAACGUUUAUCAAACUAGAUUUUUUUCUAGAUAUUUUCAUGCUGGCUAGGUUGGAAUGCGUGAAUGCGAUUCAGAAUAUCGGUAAUUGAAACCAAUGUGACUUCAUGAUGAUGACGAAAUGAAAAUAAAAUAUUUAAAGUUAUUCGUUGUAAACUAAUCAUGAAUUAAGAGUCAACAAAGUUAUUAGUUGAUACGUGAAAGCAUUAUUAGGGGCUUUUCUGUUUUUAGACAUAAAAAAUUCGGCUUACUUCAUAAUCUCACACUACGAACUUUAUAAUUCUUACAAUAUUUUUUCGGGUUUAUAACAUAACAUUGUACUCAUUCUAAGUAAUACAUUACAGAAAUUGGAAGAGGAGAGCGGAGCCGGCACAAGCGGGGCGAGCACUGGCACGUCGGACACCGAUGCGGACGACAAGGAUCCCAGCAAGGACAAAAA